AUGGCUACCACGUGUAAUAACUGCUGCUCCGAAAUCUACAGCUCUUCCUCCCUCAAGAAUUCAUGUCGUGAACCUAUCACCUCAUCCAGUGGACACUGCUCCCCUGAGGUGAGCUGUGAAGAAGCCCCUUGCUCUCCAAGUAGCAGCCUGCAUAGCAGCAUACCUGGUGAUCACUUGCAUGAACCCUGCAGUGAACACAUGAGCUGCCAAUCAACCAGCUGUGACAGAGGUGCCGGAAGCCCUUCAGGCUGCUCUCCAGUUGUUUCUGGCAUGUCGGAAUCCUAUCAAGGAACUGGUUAUCUUCCUAACACAUCCCAUGGCUCCAGUUUCUGUGGUCCAGCAUUCCGUAAACAUCCUGUGAGUUGCCACUUUCCAACCUACCAGUCUUAUGGAUAUCAACCUUUGAGAUACCUGACCUAUGGUUUUCAACCACUGAGAUGUCUUUCCUAUGAUCAUCAACCACUGAGAAAUCUAUCUUAUCAAUGUCAACCUGUUAGCUGCAUGUCUGAUUAUCAUAGACUCACAAACUAUACAUACAGCAUUUUUAACCCAUACUCCUCUUCCCUGGGUGGCUGGCAGUAUCAUUAG